CGGAAAGCUACCGCCGCCGCUGGUCACUUGCUGGUAUUACAGACAUUUUACACCGGAGAGUCCAGUGCUCAUAAAAAGUGAAGGAUAUUUGGCUUUCGGGUGGAAUUUCGUGAAGAAACUAAAAUGCGGUGGAUUUAAUUUGACCUUCUCGAAACUUUUUAAUUCACUUCAGUACUUUUUGCACAACUUGCUGUUCAAUUCACAACAUGUCUUUCUAAUUUCCAAGGACGUCCACGCCUAUAUCUUUCUGUGACUCUUCCAGUCUCUCUUUAUCUCUGUUCCAACCAGGUGAUGACACUCUAAACUCAGUUGUGACUUCCCCCGGAGAACAUCUUUAAGCCUCGCAAUGGCCAGGUAUCUGUGUAUCCAUUGUUAGGUGUUGUCUUGGCCUAAUUCUAAUUGAACAAGAAAUGUAUUGGUCCGUUCAUGUUUCAAACACCUCUUUUGCUCUUCGGCUCCUUGUUAGAGAACAGCAAGUCGUGCAAAAGUACUCCAAAAAACAAACAAACAAAAAACACUGAAUUCAAUAAUUAAUAUUUGAAAUAAUAAUUUCACAUUAAUUUUAAUUAUUCUCCUCUAAAUCUUCAAUCUUCAUCCUGAAAUUUCACUUUUUGUACCACUUCUCUGUGAGUUGCAUCCAACCUUUUCUUUGUUGUUGUUGUUUUUUUUAAAUCACACCUGCAUUGGUGUAAAUUGGGAAAUUACAAUAUUUUUCAAAAACCUAAGAUAGUUAAAAGGUCAGGUGGAAAAAUAUACAAUUGGGUCUAUCUAAACGCAUAUAUCACAACAUAAUGUAGACUUUAAUUUCUUUGACAACAUGUUUCUAUUUUUAACUUUUUGAAACAGCUUGUCAUAUGCUUCCGGGGAAAUAUGGCAAUUGACACACCGACGUCAAUGCCCGUUUAAUAAUAUACGUAUUGCAUGUAAAAUAUUUUUGCGGGAGCUACGCGUGUAGUCUUGCUUACAGUGUUUCCUCCAGUGAGAGCAUCUUUCUCUUUUUAACAUCUCUGGUUCACCACUCACUUCCGCGUUAUUGGGAUUCCCACUUUCCAGGCAGGACACGCCCUGCUGCGACAUGAUUGGCUCCUGCGUAGCGGGAAGGGCAGGCGACGCAGAUGGAACAAGAUGACCGUCACAAAGACGUUUGUUAUGGUUAGGUUUAGGGAAAGGGUUGGGUCUUAAGGUGGUAUAGGAUAGGUUAAGGUUGUGAUUAGGGUGGGUUAGGGUUUCUGAGAACCAUAUUAACGCCGCCACAGUUAAGUCAUAUCUUUUCCAGUAGGGCGUGUUCUGCCGGGUUUACAGCAGCCAAUCGCAGUGCAGCAGUGCCAUGUCCUGGAGCCAGUAAUAUUGGAGCAGGGUGUGUCCUGCCUGGAAACUACGUGGGAAUAUUAAUAACGCCUCACUUCCAUCGUCAAGUUACCAUUAGCAACUGGGCAGCACCCGGUCCGGGUGUUGGCUGUGCACUCGCCUGCAUAAAUACAUGUGAAGGUCUUCCUUCCAGACACCAGAGAAGACACCGGCAGAUGGAUGAAUUGGGAGUUGGGAUGUAUGUGAGCGUCACCAUGAUUUCGACGUAAGGCUGCAGCAAGAGGCGCCGUCAUGCUGCCAGGAGUCGGCGUGUUUGGGACAGGAAGCACAGCUCGAGUGCUGGUCCCUAUGCUAAAAGCUGAGGGCUUUGAGGUCCAUGCACUCUGGGGGAGGAGUGAAGAGGAAGCAUGCAGCCUGGCAAAGGAGCUCGGUAUCCAGUUUCACACGAGUCGAUCUGAUGACGUCCUGCUACACCAAGAUGUUGACCUUGUUUGCAUCUAUAUUCCACCCUCAAUGACACGGCAGAUUGCUGUCAAAGCACUGGGCAUAGGCAAGAAUGUUGUAUCUGAGAAAGCUGCGACUGCUGUGGAUUCUUUCCAGAUGGUGAAUGCAGCCAGAUAUUACCCGCAGCUGCUCAGCAUUAUGGGUAGCACCCUGCGUUUCCUUCCCACUUUUGCGGCGAUGCGGCAGCUGCUGGUCGAGGGAUACGUGGGUGAAGUGCAGGUAUGCGACGUGCGCGUGUACGGCCCCAGCCUCCUGGACCAGUCGUACGGCUGGACUUGUGAGGACCUGAUGGGAGGCGGGGGGCUGCACACAGUCGGCUCGGCCAUCAUCGACCUUUUAAGUUACCUAACCGGGACGCGGGCCCAACGCGUUCACGGCCUGCUACGCACCUUCGUACAACAAAAUGACACCAUCAGAGGCAUCCGACGGGUCACCAGCGACGAUUUUUGUUUUUUCCAAAUGUUGAUGGGGCCGUGCUCGGGGGGCGUGUGCUGCACCGUGACCCUGAACUUCAACAUGCCGGGUUCCUUUUUGCAUGAGGUGAUGGUAGUUGGAUCUGCGGGGAGACUGGUGGCCAGGGGGACAGAACUGUACGGUCAGCGCAACAGCAGCAAAAGCGAGGAGCUGUUGAUAGGUGACGGUGGCUGGGCUGGACCUGAUGCGAAAGGCAUACCUUUGCCCCACCUGCGGGGGCUGGGUGGCAUGGUCAAGGCCUUGAGACAUUCCUUCCAGGCUCACCAGGAGCGCAGGUUAUGGGCGCGCGGGCCGGUCGCCAUGGCACCCACCUUCGAGGACGGCUUGUACGUGCAGACGGUUGUGGAGGCUGUAAAGCGGUCCAGCUGUAGUGGAGAGUGGGAGUGUGUUGAGAUCAUGAGUAAAGAGCCCGAUCCCAACCACAACCUGUGUGAGGCUCUACAGAGAAAUAAGAACUAAUCAUCAAACACGACUCGCAAAAAUUUUGGGUUACUGAGCUUUCCGGUGAAAUUUCAAGAUGAACUUAAAAUGCACUAUAACCUUACCAGGUGAACUUAAUUUGAGCUUCUCUGAACAUUUGUAUGCACUUGUCCAAGUGUUCAAUAUUUCAGGACUUUUUAAACAAUUCACUGUUAUUGGCCCCAACAUACCGAGUGACGCGGCCGAAACCGACUGAAUUUACGCACAGUGUGCAGGGUUCUGCAACUAGUUGCAUGAGUGGCCAAUUUUCGGCCACUGGUUUUGAUGCAAUUCAAAAUUUUAAUCGCCAGUGGACGGUGUCGCAAUGUCACAGCAAAAUGCGCGACUUUUCACAAAAAAUAUGUUUCUGGGUUUUAAGCGUAACCUGCCAAGCCACACAAUAUAGUAUCUACUAUACACAAAUAUAUAUAAAAUGUUUUACAAUGGUACUUAACUGUAUUUAUAAUUUCAUAUUGCUGGCAUGGGGCAGAAUCCUCGCAUUUCCAAGAUCAUCACUUUUCAGGAAACCAAAAAAAAAAAAAAAAAAAAACAGUAUGCUUGUGGGGUCAUUCACAUUGCAUUUUCAAAGACAGCAUGCCAUUGUAAACACUCUAGAUUGGACAAUAAUUUCUAAAAAUAACACAUCCUUGUGGAGACUGACCAUUAGUAUAGAUUUGUGAAAAAAUAUGAAAUGUACCAAAUUUUGAUACUUCCCGACAGUGACGAUACAGUGCAGUGAAAAAGUAUUUCCCCCCUUCUCAAAGUUUGGUCUCACUAGUUACUAGGGUCGGGCAUGGAGAAUCGAGAACCGAUUAGAACCGGGAGUAACAUCCCGUUCAGUAAUCGUUUAAAUAAAAAAAAUUUGGUUCCCUGUUUUGAUGCCUGUAGUCCGCCAAACCCGAAGGAGAAAGUGGCAAAAAACAACGAAGAAGAACGCGCCUGAAGACGUGCUUGUGCUCAACGGUGGCGGCUAACUAAAGUGUGUCUUAACUAUGUUAAAAUAAAUGACCAGUCGCCUCAGUGCAUCACUUGGAAUAAGAUUAUAUUGUGCAAAGGAGGCUUUCAUGAUGUGUAGAAGUCUGACGUGCUCCCUGCCGCACCGAGCUUCAGCCUAUACCACACGAACGUCAGUCAAGUCAAAUUGGGUGAAUGAAACAAUAAAAUAAGUCUAUGCCAACAUUGAGGCAGCUAACAAGUUAAAGGUAGGUUGCACUUUUGCACUGAUGUUUUUUACCGUUUAUUUUAGUCUUCAAACCAACAUAAGAGCUGAUGACAGAAAAAAAAAAAAAAGCUUAACAUUGAGCUAAAACUUUACCGGUCAAACUAGCAACUUUACAUCACAAUGAAUUAGGACAAAAUUUACAUAAACGUUGUCUCACAGUAUCACAAACACUAACCUUGUGUCUCAUCGGUGGGUAGGUAAAGGAAUCAACGUUUGAUAGUAUUUGGUUCCAUUUAUUACUCUUUUUCUUAACGUCUACGUUUACUUUCGUUUUGUUUUUGUUGUGUGAAGUUACUUUUCGUGCCAAAAUGCUGAGUUCCAGUGCGUACCCUUCAAAAUAAUAAGCUACUAGCUUAAAACAGGAAGUCAAGUGAAAACUUGCACACACAAACCAUUUGAUGUGAUAAAACAGUCACAAAUAAUUUUAACAAUGCUAUAUUUAACUUUUUGCUGAAACAUUAAUUAAUGAAUAUGAAGUAAAUUGUAUUAGUUCCAAACACAUUUCCUUUUAGUUCAUAGCUUUGAUAUUGAUACUGGUUAUAAAACCCCUGGUCAAAUGUUCAUUUUAGUCUAUGCAGCGGGCUGCUAAGAAAAUGGAUGUUCAUAAUUUGGACACCCUUUUGAAACCAUGCAAACUUUUUUGACCCAGCCCCCUAAAAGAAUCUGAAUCGAGAAUCGUUUGGAACCAGGAUCGAAAUGAGGAAUCGAGACCGGAAUCGCUCCAAUUCAAACGAUGCCCAACCCUACUAGUUACAUAGUUGUCCUGGUAGUGUGCAGAAAUGUUAUACAGUAGUGGAAAAACCUACUAGUGUGCUGAAUUGUCCUAUUAGUGAGGACAGAGAGUGUACUCGUGAAUGGACCUUAAACUAGAUUUCAAGGAUGUCGAAUAAAUGCUCAAACGGCUUUAUGGAAAGCAGCCCAUACUAGUAGCAUACCUGGUCAUCCUAGAUGGCGGUUCCCUCGAUCUUUAAUCUCUUGUCAAGGUCUCUUUGUUUUCUUCCCCCUAAAUAGGGAGCUUUCCUUGUCCAGAUGGGGGGGUCGAGACCAGAGGAUGUCAUAAUCCUUUGUGAUUAAAGGAUGUGUAAAUAAACGUGACCAGUUUUAGUUUUUUUUUCUUAUUUACACAAAUACAGUAUGUAGCUGUGGCUAGAAAGCAAAGCGUUGUGAGUCUCUGUCGCAGAGUACGGGUGUUUCUUCCUUGACUUCUACAUAAAAAAAUUUAAAAAACGGCCGGUAGAUGUGCAAUGCUCAAUUGCUCGGUGUGCGUCGAAGAGUCGCAAAUUGCAAUUUCUUCGCGAUGGUUCACUGCAGUCGUGUUUGUCUGUAUUGUUCUGUUCCUAACAAGAAGCUGAAGGGCAAAAUUCGAGCUCCUUGUUUGAGAAAAACAAAAAGUACUGAAAAAUUGAUCAGUUGGACAUGACAUUCAAAAGUUAAGAAGGUCAAAUUAAGUACAUAUGUAAAGGCUAGAGUGCAUUUUAGGGGGCAUCUUUAAAAUUUCACCCAAAAGCCCAAUACCACAUCCCUAAGGUUUUGUGACUAGUGUAUUUUAGGAGUGCUACUACUAAACAUGUCUGAUGGAACUGGCCAGGAAUGUUUUCACUUCAGCUGCAGUUUGUACCACACGACUACUUUGAGCUUUAUUGACACCUGUUUUAUUGAAUGUUUGGCCUGAGAAACAUUCACUAUUCGUUUUCUCUAUUGAGAGCCAUUUUUAUUUUUUAUAUAUUAAUAAUACUUGGGCUAAAAAAAAAAAAAAGGGUUUUUUUUGUGUUUUUUUUUACAUUGGUGUGUUUAUUUGAAAAAUAUUAUUAUACAUCCAAGUCCAAUGGCACCUUAUUGUGAAAGUCUUGAUGAUGUGAUUUGACUAACAAAUUUACUUUUGUGACACUGGCAAAAUUCUACUGAUGUUCCAUUGGUGGUGCUCAGCUUUUUUGGAACAUUUACUAGCAGAAUAAUGCAGCUGUGCAGAACAUUUUGAAUGUGCAGUAAAUUAAUAUGGAAAUUAUCGGUUUCGUGCGACACAUUGGAUGGAGCAUGUAGAGUUGAGGUUUUCCCCUUUCUUGCUAGGAUUUUCUCCGGGCUUUCUCCCACGUUCCAAAAACACGCAUGUUAGGUUAGGUUAUCCCUCUCACUUAUAGUCAUCUAAAAUCACCUGUGUCCCCAAACAGGAUAGAAAAUAGAUGAAAUAGUAUGUUUUUAGUCACUGAUGGUGUAGUGGUACACUCGCCUGACUUUGGUGCAGGCAGCGUGGGUUCAGUUCCCACUGAGUGACGGUGUGAAUGUGAGUGCGAAUGGUUGUCCGUGUCUAUAUGUGCCCUGCGACUGACUGGCGACCAGUUCAGGGUGUAGUCCGCCUUUCGCCCAAAGUCAGCUGGGAUAGGCUCCAGCGUCCCGCGACCCUAACCAGGAUAAGCGGUGUUGAAAAUGGAUGGAUUGCAUGUUUUGAUGCCACAUUGGUAGACUAGGAUGUAAGUAAUAUCUGCAAUAGUAAGGACUGUGUUUAAUAAGCUAUUUUGGAAAAGUGAUGUAAAGGUGGAUUUGUGUCCCCAAUUGAAGCGACUUAAAAUCCCCCAGACGAAAGAGGAUGGAAACAAUUUGUGGUCUCCUUCACAAAGCAGCGGAUGUUUCGGCGAUGGUGGGGAAAUCACAAUUUCCCUGCAGCAACCACGUGUGAAAACAUCCUAAUUCCAUCAGAUUGUGGUAUAACAAGAGGCUAUUUGGUUGCAAAAAAAAAAAAACAGCACAACACAUUUGGCAAGAAGGGCUUUUUUUGUUUGUUUGUUUUUUCCGACCGAUCUGUUACGUAUUGUUUACUCUGAAGCAGGACCCAACCAGGUUUCAAACAACCAGGAUUCAAUGAAGCAUUUUAUAUAUUUUCUGGCUUCAAACGUAAUCUUGCACCAGCAGAAACGAGGCUCGUCAAAUAUUACAGCGACAUUUUAGCAUUUAAACUGUUGGUUUUAGAUAACCUAUUUGACAAGCAAAUGAGGUGAAACUCACUUGUUUACGUUUGUUGUCCUUUUGUGAGACUUUUUGUUGUUUGCAAAAAGAUAUGAACUGAUGCCUCAAAUCCAGAGUGGUGCCAAAUAUGCCCUGUCAUGGAUAUUUGAACCCCUGGAUAUAACGUGUGACUAGGAUGAUGUCAUGGUCGUACAGUAGUCACUCACCGAUACUCUUAACAUUUUAGGAUUUUUUUUUUUUCUGUUUUUAAUAAAUGAAAACCCCCUUUUAGACCUACUCAGACUCUGCAAAGAUUUUGACCUAACUCUAUUCCAACAGUGCAUUACUGUACUAUAAAAGUAAGUUUACAUCACGUGUUUUCAUAAUAUACAUCCUAUUUCCCAAGACAUUCCAAACAUUCUGAUUUAGCUUGUAUUAUCAUCUUUUUUUGCACUGACACUGUAAAAUUAUUUAACAAACUGCGCUUCCUCUUCCAGCCAGCGCACUGCAAAAUGUAUUUAAUGUUUGUCUGUAUAAGGAAGAUUGUUUAUUUAUGGUUUGGUGUGGAAAAUAAUUUCAUGUUUAUUCAUCUGUUCACUUUUGUCAGUCUGUGAAUUUAUUUUGAAGCUGUAAUAUUUAUUACUUUUUUUUUGGUUUUGGUUUUCAUUUCUGACCAUGCCUCUUUGAGAACACAGUGUUGUGUUUAUGUCUGGGGAAUCUGUUUAUCUGACAGAUAUUUCCUUUAAUAAAUACAGUUGUAUUAAUUUAAAUGUUCACUUUUUGCUCAUGUCAAGUGAAGCUAAUGGCAUGUUGAAACCUUUGAAAUAGACAUGACUGUUGCUAACAAGUACAGACAGCACAUAAGAGCAUUUAUUCAAUAUCCUUGAUAUCCAGUUUAAGGUCUAUGUACAGUACUCGUACGCUCUUUGUCCUCACUAAUAACACAAUUCAGCACACUUGUAGAAUGACUAGGGCGCACUAGUAGAACAACUGUCUUCCUGUUUUUUCCACUACUAGAGCAACUGCAACUAACUACUAGUAAGCAAACCGAACUAAAGUACUGUGCUGCACUAAUAACACUAACUAGUUUGCAUGUGUCACACACUAGUAGUCUCCUGGACCCUACAAGUUGCACCAACAUGGCGACUAGUAGUUUUGCCUUACUAGUUACAGUACAUAGUUCUCCUGGUAGUGUGCAGAAAUGUUAUAGAGUAGUGGAAAAGCCUACUACUGCGCUGAAUUGUUUUACUAAUGAGGACAGAGAGUGUACUAGUGAAUGGACCUUAAACUGGAUUUCAACUGGAUUUUUUAUCUUUAAUCCCUUCUCAAGGUCUCUUUGUUUUCUUCCCCCUAAAAAGGGAGUUCUCCUUGUCCAGAUGGGGUGGUCUAGACCAGGGGAUGUCAUAAUCCUUUGUGAUUAAAGGAUGUAUAAAUAAACUUGACUUGACCAGUCUUUUUUUAAGACCGUGCCAAGUACAGUGCUGUGAAAAACU